AUGGACCAACGACAGCGUCUCCCGGCGCCGCCACCUCAACAGCUCCCCUACUCGCACCCGCAGCAGCAGCAACAGCAGAACCCACACGCGCAGAACCAGAGCGGACCCACUUCCGCCUAUGCUUGGCAUCCCUUGCCCCAGCCAACCUCUUCGGCGACAACAUCAAAUUCUCCCGCAAACAUCUCCAGCUAUCCGUCGCCAUCGAAUACCGCCACACAUGCAUCCUCGCACAAUUCCCACUACCCCGACCAUCAACGCCAUCCUUCCGAUCCCGCAUUCUAUCCCUCGGCCGGUCGCUCCUAUUCAGUAGACCCGGGCUCCAACUCGGAUUCGAGUCAAGGGUCCCGGCUUCCUCCGCCGUCGCAAACAAACCACGCUAGGCACAAGAGCUCAUCAUCUGUACCGUCUGCGCCCCAAGCAUUAAAUCAUACCAUGCCGCCUCCGGGCUCACCUCUUCAACAGCAGCAGGCGCUUCCGCCGCCGCCGCCGCAACAACAACAAUCGCCUGCGCAGGGCCAGCAGCAACAACCCGGCCCUCACGCUUCGCAUCAAAUGGGUCACUAUGGUCUUCCGCCUCCGCCGAGGCCCUCCAUCCCCUCGAGGCAAUCCUCGACCUUUUCAUCUGGUCGCGAGUUACCUUCGUUAAAUUCUAUCGCCAGGACCGGAAGUACUGGGAGUACCAUGUCGAUUUCGUCGAUGCUUGGCGGACCCCCAUCUAGCUCUCGGGAGUCUCACCCCCCUCCGCCACCUCAACAACAGCAUUAUCCUCCGUCGUCUGCCACGCCCUCAUCCAAUGCAGCGUACGCACCUUCGAUACAUGCGUCGCCGAGGAUGCAUUCGACAUCGACAGAAUAUCCACCUUUUCGCCGGCCGCAAACCCCCGACCAUAGUCGGCCUUACGAUCCGAGAGCAACCGCCGCGCCCUCACCCCAGACCGGCGGACACUAUACACCCGAGCUGCAACGUUAUGGGACACCACAAUACCAUCAGCAACGGCCGCCGUCGAUGCCCGACCAAAAUCGGGACUCAAGGAUACCAGGGAACGGGCUUCCUCCGCGACCUAGUAGCCAGCCAAAAUCCUUCCCUAACAUCCAUCAUCCGCCAGCCCCCGUAGAACACUCCCGGCCUCCUCCUUCAGACGAUAUAUAUAGUCGCCGGGACGAUCCGAGUCGUCGACCACCCUCUUCUGUCGAAUAUAAUCCCGAACGAACAGGCCUCAGGCCCGUUGGCUACGAUGAUAGAUAUAGGAUGGAUAGGGACCGACAACACGACGCCGAGCAACGAGAAAGGGAGCGACACGAACGCACCCUGUCGACUGGUGAAGCCGGAAGGCCACAUCCCGUGCAUCCCGACUACCCCCCUAGAGGCCAUCAACCUUAUGGUGGCCCCCAUCCCGAUGUCCGCGACCCUCGAGACCCGCGCGACCUCCGUGACCCCCGUGAUCCCGCGAACUGGCAACGGCCGACAGCAUACGACCCUUCUAGACCGCCGUACGAGUCCCCCGGCCAGCACCAACCGAGGCAUCCCGACUACCCUUCCACUUCCGCCCCCGCAUACCCAAGUCAUCCUGCUCCGGUCUAUUCGCAACCGCCGCCGGCCAACCAAUAUCCUCCUCAUCCGCAACAACCCCAUCACCAGCCGCCUGUGUCUCAACCUCCGGGCAGUGGCGCGCCACACGCGAGAUACGAUGCAUCUCCCGAGAGGCCAAGAGUUAAUGUCGUCCAUCCACAACAACCACCUCCGUCGGCACCACAUCACCAACAGCCGCUCCCACCACAUCAAGCACGACCACACGACGAGAUGCCCCGAAGCAUGCCAUACGGUCCGGCUCACCCGCCGGGUCCGUUUGAUUCGUCGCGCCCCCGACCGAAUGAGGAACCGCCGAGCCAGCACAUGCAAAACCGCAAUCAUCUCGCUAUCCAGGAGAUCAACAGAACAAAGGGCCGGAUUAGCCCCUUACCCCAGGCCGUGCAAGGUGCCCAGCCUCAGCUUCCAGGACCAGCCGGCGAGCCAGGUAUCAAAUCCGAGUUCGGCCGCGUCUUUUCAGGUCUCGGCGGCGGUAUUGGUGGUCUAGGCGUGUCGAGUCCGGUCACUUCAGGCCCGCCGCCAGCUCCAUUUUCCAAUUCAACGUCACGACGAGACGAGGGCGAGCAGCCGGUAGCGCACGAUUCUCCUGCCGAUGGGGCGAAGAUGGUGCGCGAAGGCAGUCGGGGUCGACGGCGCAAGCUGAAGGAGGAAGAUCCACGGGAGGAGGAUAGCAGCGGACGGCUCACCCCCGGUGGGAAGGUCAAACGUCCGAAAACUCUUCCCCAUCAUCACCACCAUCAUCAUCACCACCAUCACCACCAUCAUCACCAUAAUCAUGAUGGCAGCGGUCAACCAGCCGGGACACCAUUCAAGACAGGCAAGGGCGGGACCCCGAUACAAUCCCCAACUCUUAUUAAAGACGCAGCCAUACUAAGCCAUCUCCCUCGCCCAAACAUCGGCACCUUGGCCUCGGCUGUCUCAAAGCCCGUACCAAGCCCCGUGCCGGUUAUCCCGCCCAAGCCGAAACAAAUUGUCAACUCAAAAGCCGUCCUUGAUUCCGUGGCUGACCGACCCAGGCAUCAUCUUGGCGACACGCUCUAUGAGCCGAUUUUCCAACCAGCGAGACUAGUACCAAACGUUCCUUCGAGCCGAGGCUUCUCGACUACCCCCAAACCGUUACCUUUUGAUAGGAUUCGCGAUAGGGAAAACUGCACUAUUACCGUCAAAGUUGCGAGGAUACAUCUUACACCGAGUGCGCGGGAGGAAAUCACGGCGCGCCGGGCCCUUUGGGGCACGGAAGUUUACACGGACGAUUCGGAUGUAGUAGCGGCUUGCAUCCACGGAGGUUGGAUCCGUGGCGAGUGGCCAGAGGAUAUUGACGUCAACAUGAUAGAUCUCGACCAUGGCAUUCCCAACGACGGCGUCAUUGAAAAGGAUGGCCGCCGUAAGAAGGAGAAGGAAGCCGAGGCGAAGGCUCGGCAGGAUGCCAACGAGGCUUCGUAUCUCUCAGCUCCGCCAAAGACCGGACCCGUCCACGUUCCCUCCGAUCGCGAUAUGCAUGUCACCCUUCUCGUCCUGCCCAAACUACAGAAGUACGCCAGUACGACACGGUUCGGUAUACAAUCUAGGGAGUUUGGCGGUACUACCAGGCUCCACGACGGACGAAGACCUGUUGAACACGACGGCUUGAGUUUCAUGAUCCUCGGUGUCAGGUGGGUCGAAAACGGCGCCGGGGCUCAGAGCCGACUUCGAGGGCAGGCCCGUCGGGAACGGAUGAGGAAAGCGAUGAGAGAAGUCAGCCUCACUUUCCAAGGCAUGAAUGGGGUGGAGCUGGAGCACGGCAAGGCCGUCGUGAGGAAGCUACGCUCGGAACUGGAGAAUGGCGUGAUGAUUAAAGACGGAGAGGCCAGCGAAAAGGCACGCGUGAUGCAGGAUGAUGAGAAUAAGGAGAAUGGCGAUGUGGUGGAUAAGGAGAACCGUCCUUCUGAUGCCAAGGAUGCUGGCAGGGACAAGGAGGACGGUCCAGUCACAAAUGGGGACAGUGGUGAUAAGAUGGAGGGCGUAGAGAAAACGGAUGGGAAGGCUACGAAGGCGGUGCAGGCGUAA